GCCACCUGUUGAUUGAGAUGGCAAAAAUGUUGUGAAAAUCAGAGCCAUCUAUCAAGCCGUCUCACGUGAUUUGUUCGAGACGUUGAGACGAUCAUGGAAAAUUGGGUGCCGUCCACUUGUUCUCUCUAUCGCCAUCGGGAUAGAUAAGGUUCCUGCCCUAUAAUGGCGGACAUUGAGCGGGGAAGUCCUCCGCAGUACGAGAUGGAGGGCAGGGCGUCCCUGUUGCCUUAUGGGUCAUUCGGCUUUGCAAGAAAUAAUCUGCAAGUGUAUCAUUUCCGGGAUGGCUGCAAGAAGGGGAAGAUGACCGUCCAGGCUAGCGUCUACAAUUUCCUCGAACGUCCAACUGGGUGGAAAUGCUUUCUCUACCAUUUUUCAGUUUUCUUGGUGGUCCUCAUCUGCCUCAUCUUUAGCGUUCUGUCUACCAUUGACCAAUACAGCGAUUUCGCCAUGUCAUCAUUGUACUACAUGGAAAUCUUUCUCGUCAUAUUCUUUGGUUUGGAGUACAUGGUUCGGUUGUGGGCAGCCGGCUGCCGGAGCAAGUAUCUCGGAUUCUGGGGCAGGUUCCGAUUUGCGAGGAAACUCAUCUCCAUUAUUGACCUGAUUGUCGUCGUCGCAUCCGUGGUGGUUCUGGUGGCCGGCUCUAAUGGGCAAGUGUUCGCCACAUCCGCAAUCAGAGGUAUACGGUUCCUGCAAAUCCUGAGAAUGCUGCACGUGGAUAGGCAAGGUGGGACAUGGAGGCUACUUGGCUCCGUUGUCUUUGUACACAGGCAGGAACUGAUAACGACACUGUACAUUGGGUUCCUGGGCCUGAUCUUCUCUUCCUACUUCAUGUACCUGGCCGAGAAAGAUACUACAGAGGGAAGGUCCGAUUUUACCAGCUACGCAGACGCCCUCUGGUGGGGAGUGAUCACUGUGACAACGAUAGGGUACGGAGACACCGUCCCCAGGACCUGGAUGGGCAAAAUCGUCGCUUCCUGUUUUUCUGUCUUCGCCAUCUCCUUUUUCGCACUCCCUGCUGGAAUCCUAGGAUCCGGAUUUGCCCUAAAAGUACAGCAGAAGCAGCGGCAGAAACACUUCAAUCGUCAAAUUCCGGCCGCUGCUACACUCAUACAGUGUCUCUGGCGUUGUUACGCUGCUGAGAAGACGUCGCACUGUGAAGCUACGUGGAGAAUACAUAUCAAGGAAGCAGCCGGUUGGAAUUCCAACACUCCUCUCGGAAGGGUAGCGAAGCGUGCCAGUGUACUUAGGCGUCGAAAGUCCAAGCAGAAGAUUGAAGUGGAAACGGAAGGAGAUUCCCAGGCCGAAGACAGCGCCAAAGUCGGCCAAGGCAAGAGAAAGAUUGUGGCGUCACACGCUACAAACUGCAAUGACAAGGAAAACGACUAUGUCGAGAUGGACGUCGACGAAUCUCCGAGAGUUACCUCGUUGACGGCAGCCCAUAAGAACGCUAUACGUGGUAUUCGAAAAAUCAAAUACUUCGUCGCACGCCGGAGGUUCCAGCAAGCGAGGAAGCCUUACGACGUGAGAGACGUGAUCGAACAAUAUUCUCAAGGCCACGUCAAUAUGAUGGUUCGCAUCAAGGAGCUCCAACGGAGGCUGGAUCAGACGCUGGGAAAACCCGGAUCGUACCUCAACGAGAAAGGGAUGAAACCGAUGACCGUAGGAGCUCGGCUGCAUCGAAUGGAAAUUCAGAUGCUGACAUUAGAGCGGAAGGUGGAGCGGGUGCUGUCUAUCCUGGAAGUGAUGAGCAGUUCGCAAAGGAAACCUUGUGAAGACAUUUGACAAUGGCUCCAACCGGAAACAAUCACGUGCUAUACCUCGAGAAGCUUGUGAACAACGCUUCUAUACUGGACUAUACUCGCUCAUGUGAAAAAUUAUCUUGUGGUACUGCGUUGCGAAAUUUUAGGGACAGUUUCCUGACCCCAAGGACCCUCCUUGUGGGUAGAUCCGGUACCGCGUGUCCACGUUUUUUUUAUCCAACCGAAUGUGUGUGCCAAAGUGUUCGAACACAUUAUUUUGCCUGGGCGCAUUCACUUCACCCAAGUGAGCGUGAUUGAAAGAAAGACAUUGCCAAGAAAAAGCAUUUCGUUUUCUUAUAACGUUUAUGACAGAUGUGAAAUUGAGCGCCUCUGUAGAUGCACCUUUCUGGAUGUUUGCAAGCGGGACAUAUCGUUUGGUAACAAUAUGCUACAUCUGACAAUGGACAUGGCUAUGAAAGUGAGUAGUACAUCUCCAUUAAGUUUACGGAUAGUGUUUUCUUUUUUCUUUUUUCUUGCAGUAUGUAUCACCACCGUUUAUGUGGUAAUCUUGGUUGCUACUCAAUCUAAGAUUAUUCAUUUGGAGUUGAUUAAACUGAAAGGUUCAUUGGUAAAGACUUUCACGUGUGCCUCUUAGCAAGAAUGAGAGGCUUACAUAAUAUGGAGUCACGUAACUGAAACCCGCAAGAAAGACAAACUAGGCUGACAUAGGUUUGCAUAGUAACGCAGUCCAUCACGCAUAGCCUACGCAGCAAAAAAUCGUUUUGACUGUGUGAUGUUUAGCUGUUUUCGUGUAAUUGUGCACAGCCAGCAUGUCUUUUCCACCAUGGAGGUGCUGGUCAACGUUUUCAUUAUUCCCGUUACUUGGCCGUGGUUUUCGUAGUGCAGCAAAUUCCACCGAUGUUGUUAAAAGGAGUCUGCAUAACAAAAAAAAAAAUAUAACAGUGAUGACACUGUCACUUGGAAAACUGUCGUGAAGCAUGUACAACAGUGAGUUUGUUUGGGGUGUGGUUGAUUCUACCUACCUUUAAAGCGCGAGUUACACGUCAUGUAAAACUCCGUAAUGCGCACCCGAUGUUGCGGUGAAGGUGCCAUUUACACGAAGGAAACCUGUGACAAUUGGAGUGAAGCGCAGUGUGUGUGUGGAGUAGUGAAUUCUCAUUUCACUCCAUGUAUACCAAGCCUGUGAUACCCUUUGAGGACCAAUAAAGGAAGAAUAUCAUUCCUUGACUAGUA